CGGAACAAGUGGCAACGGACGUGUUUGCGACGUCGCUCCGGGACGGACAGUCGGAGUUGCGCGGGCGACGCGAGAGAGGACGGACGUGAGAAGAGGAGCUCCGCGCACUAGUAUAGCCUGUGUACUUGUACACAGGACAGAGGUGGUAUAGAGAAUAUAGGCUAAGAGUGUAAGCACACAAAACGCCCGGGGCGUAGCUGCCCCUACAGCCUAGCCGCAAACCUCGAUUAAUUUCAGGUUUGUUGGUCAGUGGGUGCGAGUGUGUUGUAGGAUGUCUACUGUACAGAGAAAUAACAGUACAGAGAUACAGAUGAAGGGAAUCAAUGUGCCCUUGCCGAGCGAGGACGAGGCAGAGAUGAGCAGCGAUGACGGAUUCAUCACUGUCUCGAGCAAGAAGGUGAAAAGAGGGGAAAACCGCGACAGGCUGCGUCCCCCCCUCACCAACCCCGCCAUCGCGCGCCAGCACGCUGAGCGUGCGCGCAAACAACCGCGGCGACAGGGUGGCGCCUCAGCCAGCCAGCCGGCUGCGAGUGCAAAUACAGGCACGAUCCCUGCGCCACAGAACCCUGCCCCUCAGGCAAAGAAAGUACAGAUAAAACCCCUGUUUGUAUUUGUAGACCAAGGCCACAGCUACCCGGUCAUCAAAGCUGCACUGGACGCAGCUCUCCAUAUGACGUGGACGUGCGUAAGUCGAGGCCACGAUCAAUUAAUGAUCCACACUGCCACGAUAGAGGACUACCAUCGUGCAGUACAGGCAUUAGAGCAGGCAGGUGUGCAGCACUCUGUUCUACUGCAGCCAGACGAGAUCCCUAAUAAAUUCGUCUUUUGUCGGGUGCACAGCAGCAUCGACAAAGAAUUUAUCCAGGCAGAGUUCGUAAAAAUGGGCCUGCCCGUACAGAACUUCUGGUUCCUAUGCAACAGGCAAACCAGGCGCCCAAUAAAUAAACUUGUGGUUGAGCUCCCGAAGGCCGUAAACUCAGAUAGGAUUUACGCCAUAAAAACAUUCUGUAACCUCAGCAUUCGUGUCGAGGACUACCGCCACCCGAAAGGUCCCAUGCAGUGUGGCAACUGCCAGCGUUUUGGGCAUCCCACGAAAGGCUGCAGAGCAUCUCCUGUGUGCCGCUGGUGCAGCAAGGGCCAUAAAACAGAGAAUUGCCCCGAGGGAGGGGACAGGAACAAGGCAAAGUGCGCGAGCUGCAAGGGCCCGCACUGCGCCAACUACAGAGGGUGCCAGGCUUACAAGCGUGAAAACUGGCGCUAUCUCCCGCAGGAGGAACGCAAGGAAAGGGAGCUGCAGUCAAAGCGUGCAAUUCGCGAAAACAAGCGAGCUGCAGCUGCGGCGCAAACACACUUUCAGUCACAACAAGCUGGCUCGUCCAGCUACCAGCCCCAGCCCCCCAGACAGGUAUGGCGCGGCCCCAGCUGCCCUGCUCCUCAACAGUGGCAGAGCCCCAACCAGUACUCGGUGCUGGACGACAGGUACGAGUUGGAAUACCCUGUUGUGGCCAACUCUUGGAGGCCCAGAGGGCAGCCACAGCCCCAGAGAGCCCCGAAAAAACACCAUUCGGGACAUAAAAAUGGAAAGGGGAAGAGGGCCCCGGAGGAACAGCCUGCUCCAAGGCAGGUACAGCCUGCCCCGCAGCACCCCGCCCCCCCUCCCCCCAUCGCACCACGCACGAAGCCAAUCCCAGUGGCGCCCCGGGUGAAUCACGAGCACGAGGACACUGGAAUGCAGAUCGAGUCAGCGCCUGCAGUGUUGCCAACUGCUCCGCUGCAGCCCAGCUCCACUCGUAAGCCAGGUCCCGACCCUAAGGCAUUUCUAAAGGUCGUGGGCCAGUCCAAAACAUUUAUUGAGGACCCAAACCUGUCCCAGGCCCUUGAGCCAAUGUGCCAACUCAUGGCCAUCUGGUGCGACGCGGCCAUGUCCCUUGAGGAAAAGAUACAAGCCACCAUGGGCUUCGUGCAGACACUAGCGGCCAGCUUCAAUGCCGCACACCCCUAAUUUAGGUCCUGUCACGAACACUAAUCCCGUAGACAGUAGUUUAGGUACCAUCCUCUACUGGAAUGCACGAGGAAUUAGAAACAAAAUAAUCGAGUUUACAGAUCAUUUACUAAAAUAUAAGAUUAAAAUCGCGGCCAUCAAUGAGACUCACCUAAUACCAACAGAUAGAUUAACGAUAUCAAACUAUAAUGUUUACAGGCGCGACCGUGACACCAGAAGCGGAGGGGUGGCCUUAGUGGUCCACAGAAGCAUUAGGCACACAGAAUUUUAUUUACCUGCAUUUAAUGAAUUAGAAACUGUUGCAAUAAAUAUUAAAAUCAACAACCAACACAUAGUACUUAUUUCCAUGUAUGCACGGCCGGGUAGGUCUCUCACUUUGAAUGAGCUGGACAUAUUAUAUGGCUCAGCUCCUGCAUUUUUAGCAGUUGGCGAUAUUAAUGCCAAGCAUAAGGAUUGGAACUGUCGGAGCAACACAGCCAAUGGCUUCCUGCUGCAACGGCAUGAGUCUAAUAAAAAUUAUCAAGUUUAUGCUCCCUCAGAGCCCACACACGAUAGCGGAGCACUAAGGCAAACCCCCGACAUACUAGAUAUCGUUUUAAAUAAGAGAGUCCAAACGGGAUUCGAACUCAGAGUCGUCCAUGAACUGUCGUCUGACCACUUCCCAGUACAUUUAAUAUUCGAUGACGCGGACACUGACACCAAUCCGCCGAGAAAAAUCAAAGACUAUAAAAAAGCUGACUGGCGAGGCUUUCAGACGCAUCUAUUAGAUAACGUGCCCGCAGCCGAUGCUGCCAACCUAGAAACUAAAGAAAGUAUUGAAACAGCAGUAACAGAACUCACAGUAAAUAUACAAACUGCAAUAAACUCGUGCAUCCUAGUAAAGGAGGUUAAGUUUAAGCAGGGAGAGCUGCCGGCAUACAUAAGGGACUUAAUAUCACAGAAAAGUAGACUAAGGCGCGAACAUACUAGGCGUAGACAGCGUGACAUUAAAGCGCGUAUUAAUGAAUUACAAAGAAUAAUUUCCGAUGAGAUAACUCUGUGGAGGGACAGCCAAUGGGAGGCGAAAGUCUCCCAGCUCCAGGUGCAAGAUGGUAGCACCUGGAGUAUGACAAAGCGGUUCCUCCACAAGACAGAUAAAAUUCCUCCAUUACAAACCCAUACUGGAGUCGCUUAUACACCAAUAGAUAAAGCACAGGCAUUCGCGGACACAUUAGAAGAAGCAUUUAAACCUAAUAUCGAGCCCUGCGACCCAAUAUUUAAUGCAAUGAUAUAUAGGGAAUUAAGAAUAAAACUAAAUCAGCCUUUAACUUCAGAGCCUUAUCUAACUCAAUCGCAGGAAGUUAAGCAGGCUAUUAAACGUAUGAAACCGCGUAAAGCUCCGGGAAUAGAUGGCAUACAGGCAGUUGUCCUUAAGAAACUGCCUGAUGAAAUUUUAGAGUACUUAGCUGAAUUAAUAAAUGCCAUGUUUAAAUUGCAAUAUUUCCCUUCACAAUGGAAACAGGCCAACGUAAUGGUAUUUCAUAAGCCUGGUAAAGAUAAAACAAUGCCACAAAACUAUCGGCCAAUUAGCUUACUAAGUAUAAUGUCAAAGGUAGCUGAGUACAUAAUUUUGCAACGACUCAAUACUUAUAUUAAAGAACGCAACAUAUUGCCGAAUGAACAAUUCGGAUUUCGCAGCGCGCAUUCCACUACGCAACAACUAGUACGCAUGACGGAAGAAAUAGUAACAGCGUUUACAUGGAACAGCUAUAAUGUAGCAACGUUUCUAGAUGUAGAGAAAGCUUUUGAUAGAGUCUUCCACGCAGGCUUAAUCUAUAAACUAUACCAAGCCGAUUUCCCCGACUGCUAUAUAAAAUUAUUAGCCUCGUAUUUAGCCAAUCGCUCGUUCAGAGUCACUACAGAGGGGGCACUGUCAGACGAGAAACGAAUCAGAGCAGGCGUUCCGCAAGGUAGCAUACUGGGGCCCGUUUUAUUUAACAUUUACAUACACGACAUGCCUAAACCUGAGCAUCGCCUAGUACAGUUCGGCCUAUACGCCGACGAUACAGUAUUGUUUAGUAGGUCACGCAACUUAAAUCUUGCAACAGAAAGGCUUCAAACUGCGUUAAACUCACUAGAAAAUUGGUGCACGAAAUGGCGAAUUAAAGUUAAUCCUACAAAGUCCGAAGCCAUUGUUUUUACGCGGAAACAUCUCCCGCCACUAGAAAAUAGGCCGCAAUUAACGCUAUUCAAUGCAGAAAUACCGCACAAAAACGUAGUAAAAUAUUUAGGCGUACAUAUGGAUCGUAAAUUACUAUGGCGCGACCAUAUAGAAGCAAAAAGAAAGGCGGCAUUCACGAGAUUAAUGACACUCUAUCCAGUCAUGAGUCGACGACGAGGUAGCUCAGUUAAAAACGGAUUAACCAUAUAUAACGCGCUAAUUAAACCCAUUAUUACCUAUGCGGCACCAGUGUGGGCAACAGCAGCAGAAUCCCAUCUGAAAAAACUACAGAGAAUACAGAACAAGAGCAUUCGUAUCGCGACUGAAGCACCUGUGUAUUGUCCCGUCAGGGCCAUGCAUAGGGAGCUAAAACUCGAAUUAUUAAAGGACUACUAUGUUAGGACUACUCAGAAAUUCUAUGAUAAAUGUAAAUUAAGUGAAAAUCCGUUUAUUUCCUCCCUUGGCGACAAAGAUCCGGAUUUGCAUCGGAAAUAUAAAAUGCCGGUUUCAAUCCUGGCUCACAGGCCCCCGUAGCUGCGCUGUGGUUGGCCGACUCGUCCGGCCAAUGAAAAUACUACUCGUGAAUUAAAAUGAAACUUCAAGUUAAUUUAUACUUAAUUACAAUAAUAAAUAGUUAGGCUACCAAACGUAGCGACAAAGAGUGUCGUACUGCAUUAAACCUGCCCUCUGCCCUCGCAUUCAGUGAAAGUAAACACCGAUCGAGCUGGGGAUGCCGAUACGAGUGGCAUGCUGCUUGCUGCCGGGCAUGGUAGGCCUGUGGUGCGUCGCGACGAUAUAAUUUAAAAUUAGUGGUAGAAGUCGUGUCCUGUGAUACGUGUUUGCCCGGAUAGUUAGUGCAAAUAAACACCGAUCGAGCUGGGGUUGCCGAUACGAGUGGCAUGCUGCUUUCCGAUGGGUACCACUGCUGCAGGGCAUGACUACUUAAAAUUUUGAAUAUUUAAAACAAUACGAGUGCUCUGUUCCCAUUCGCCUGUGACUUUAUAUGUUGGCAGUUCUACCACUAUAUUUAAGUGCGUAGAUAUUAAGAUACUAAAUAAAGUAAUAUAAUAUAUUAGGCUAAGAGAGAAAAAUUAAAAAUAAUAAAAACAAAAAAAUCAAAUAAAAUACCAAAAAUAUAAUAGUUUAAUUCAUAUUAAGUUAUUAGCUUUAAGAUAUCUUAAAUAAUGUAGCCUACGCUCCGCACUAGCAGAGCGUACACAUAGUGAAAUAUGUUCUGUUUGUGUAUGUUUAGUAAGUAAGGUGUUCUAAUUUUCUUCUUUUAGUUUAGGUGCUACUGGAGGCGGAGUGGGUGGCCCGGUGUGGCCAGCCACCACCAGAGGCGCUCGCGUCCCUGGUCAGAAGAUCCAGAACUGCAGAACAACAAACAAUGCGGACAUUUAAGUCCAAGCGCCCAAACCCCGCAUGGUAGACUCUUUCUGCUCUGACCAACUCUUCUUCCUGAACCAUCCUUCUUUCUCCCGUAUUGAACCUGCCUGAAAUUAAUGCAUGAAAUUUGGCAUCCCGCAUGAAAGUGCCCAGGGUUUUCCCUGUGUCUAUGCAGGUUUUACCUGGGCCCAACUUAUCUAGUAGUUUAGUCUAGAGUUAAGAGUGAGGGGAGUUAGUCAUGGCGCCAAUCGCUGCCAUGGCUGGCCAAUCCCCUCCUAGCACACGAUGCAUGCGACCCUCUCCCUGCAUGGCUAAUCCCAGCAUGACUAAGGCGUAUAGGCUUCGGCCUG